ACCGACGCACUGUAUUGGAAGCCGCCACGUCCAUCCCCGCUCAUUGUCAACUGAUAAUCUUCAAGCGCAAGCCGUCGGAUCUCCCUGGGCUCUUUUGUUCAGCCGUAUAGUUGGCAGAUAGCGACAUUGAACCCCAAAGAAAUGAGAGCAACAGGAAUGGUGGUGCACCCCAUCUCCCAUCCUACCUGGGGAGCGACUUUGGCUUUGUCGCCGUCCAUGUGUACAAAAGUAGGCGGAUACCACCUAUAUACGAAGUUAUGAAAGGGAGCCAGGACCGCACCAGAAACGUCGAGCCGAUGUCUGUUCGCCGCAAUCCCAUCUCCGCGGGCUCUUUUCAUAUCUCGAUCGGGCCACCAACGGAACGCCCGUGCUCAGCAGUGCUCAGCGGCGCUCAUCAACUAGAAAGACUAAGGACAGACUCACUGCUCAGCUGCUGGCCAGCCCACGGCUAGGUCUUUCCGGCAUCAUCCUAGGACGGUCUAGAAACGGACGGGCCAGUUGGUAUGUAGCAAGCACCGAUCGAUCCACCCAACCCAAUCUCGCGCUGCGCCGCCGCCGCCGCUUACAUAGGCACGUAGUGCAGCAAGCGGUUGCGUGCUUGGGCGCUUGUUUGGAGCCAUCUAGAGCGGCCAACCAGUCGUCAUGCCGGGCCUUUCGCCAUCUCGGCACACCCUGCAUCCAAGACCGCCCUCCUUGCACAACCCUGAUGGAGAGCAAUAGAGAGAAAGGGACUAAAGGGACUGCCUUCAUGCCCACCGACCUGGAUGGCCCCUGAGGGAGCGUUCAAGGGGGAACGGGCGGGAGCCGUGCAAUUGCUCAGACCAGGUCGCAGCUCUGACUCGGCCGUACAAAGUACAUGUGUGCGUACAUGUAUCAACCCUUAACCUUCUUUUCCUCCGCUAGCUUCCGUCCUUCACAUGCCAUCCCUGGUCUUGCGUGUUUCCCUGCGCGCUCUCUUUCUGGGGUGCAGUGCCGAAGAAAGGGCCCGGUCCGGCCGACUUGCCAGUCGCUGCACUGCACUGCACCGCGCCCCCGUCUCCCACAUUCCAGGACACUGGGCUGCCCCCUUCCACCCCCGACGCCUCUGAUCGAGCCGAGCGUUUCUGGCUGGGCGAGAAGGCGAGGCAGGAGAGAAGGCUUUUAUUUCCGCCACGCUCUUGAUCUCACCGCACAUUCGCCGUCUGGAGAGUGGCCAGUCCACCUCCCUCCUCUGCUGCGCUGUCCACUUGAUACGUUGCUUGGCUCGACGGCGCCAGCUACCCCUUUCAUCACCCCCACCGGCGGCCGUCCAUAUCAUCAUCCCACGUUGGCAAGCAACCCUAGCAAGCACCGCCCUCAAGAUCCCAAGGAACCUCUGGGGUGCCGGAAGGAGACCAAGAAAGGUGUGACAGGCGGGAAGGAGGGGAAGAGUUCCAGGGUGUCUGAGCCUCCCUGCGGCCUGCCUCGGCGGCGUCUCCAAAAAUCCGGCACGCGGACACGAACACGCACAAACGAACCACCCGCUCGAGCACCCACCCCGCACACACCCAGCCCAUCAUGGGUUGGGCCUUGCUGAAGCCUUGGAACCUGGCCCUCGUCGCCGCCGCCGUCGUGCUGUCGGGGCCGCUGACCGUCGCCGCCAUCUGCACGAGUUUCUUGUCCGCCACUCUGCUGGUCUUUCUCUCGGGGGCCAUCCUCAUCCACGCCGCCGUCGCGUCCGUGUGCCGCGUCUUCUUCUGGCCCCGCGCCUCCCCUCCACCCGCCCCGUCCGCGGCGGCACCCUCGGUCUCGACCCGCGGCGGCGGCGGCAGCCACGCCCGGUCGCUGAGCUCCGACGCCGCAGCCCCGCGCCAGCCGUCGCCUCUGCUCGUCAUCCAGGGGAGCGGCCGAUCCCGCGCCUCUCGGGGGAACAGCCUUAGCCAGCGCGUGACCCUGCCCGCCGCCAACAACGCCGACGGCAGUCCUAGCAGCACCCGGAGCAGCAGCUGCAGCGCGUCGAGCAGCGCGGGCUCCAGCUACGCCAACGGCUUUCCCUUCGGCGGGAGCGACAACGGCGGCAGCGCGAGCGGUCACAGACAGGGCAUGUUCGGCUUCGGCGCGGGCCAGGCGUCGUCGGCGGGAGGGGCCGCCUCCAACAGGAGACGCCACUCCCUGAUCCCGCCCGCCGGCGGCCCGCUCGACGGCAACGAGGGCGACACGGGCGACUUCUACGACGACUACGACGACGGCGACGAGGGGUCGGACGGCUACUGCUACUACCCAGACGAGAUCGAGCAUGGCGGCGGCGGCGGCGGCAGCUGGCCGAGCGACUUUGCGCCCCAGCUCUCGCUCCCCUCGCGCCUCUUCCACCAGGGCGGCGGCGGCGGCGGCGACGACGUGAACCCCAAGAUACGGUUAUUCCAGCAGCAACAACAGCAGCAGCAGUACCGCUACAACCACCCGCAGCAGCUGCAGCUGCUCACCAUGCUGCGGAGCGGCGGCGGCCAGGCCCUGCCGAUGUCGCCCAACAGCUCGCGCCGCAGGGCGUCCAUCGGCGGCGUCCCCUCGCUCUUGCGUGCCGGCGGCGCGGGGGCCGGGUUCGGGGGCGGCAGCGCCCCCACGGCGGCCUACGCGACCAGCCGCAGCGGCUCAUCAACUCCCUGGAAGAGGGCGAGACAGACAUCUGAGUUUGGGCUGUAGGACGCUAGUGAGGGGGUCAGAAGCCGAGGAAGAAAAGACGGAAGACCUUGACGCUCGUAUGUUACCAUAUCUAUAGUAUCGUUACUCCGAAGGGACAAGAAAGAGGAGAGAAAAAAACAUGACGCACCUUCCUUUCCAACCACACACCAUGUCAUCAUAAUUGAAAGUCGACUAUCACGCCCUGGGGAUGUAAGUUCGAGGCGAG